ACAUAUGAAAACGAAGGCUAGUUCUAUGGUUUCUAGACGGGGCAGCAACACGUAACGCGCAAGCACGAUGGAAGCCAGAAAACGUAUAAAGCAUAAGAAAAAUCCAGAGAAAAAGGUAGAAAACUCAUCCCAAUCUAAUGGAAAAGGUAAUUCAGCAGAUAAUUUCCAUUUUGAGAUUUGGUUGUUGUUGGCUUUGGAGAACUGGAUAUUUGAUUUCGGAAGGCCGAUAGCAGCAUCAUAUGUUCCUCUGGAAUGGUCUCCCUUGAAUCGUAUGAGUGUUGGUGAUUAUUUUCAUAUGGCGUAUAAUGUAAUAACACCUUUCUGUUUAUUAAAGUUAUUAGAAAAGAGUCCUAAAAAGAUAUCUUCAACAGUAACGUAUCUAACAGUUAUAACAUUUGUGAUGGGUGCCAGUAUUCAUUUGGUUGGAGACUCGAUUAAUCAUAGACUAGGUCAUGUAGGAUACCUGCAUCAUCUUUCAGUCCGGGAUAAUCCCAUCAUGAAAACUCUUCAACCUCCAGGUUUGGUAAAUUGUUUUGAAUUACUUUAUUCAUUUGAUGAAGAGAUCGGACAUCUAAUGUGGUACAUUCCCUUCUUCUUCAGUUUAUUUCUGUAUUUCAUGGGGUCGUUUUUGCCAUCAAGUAAAGCCAGGAGUAGUCUAGGAGUCCGUCAUUGGUUAUUGUUAAUAUUUAGUGCUGUAUAUUAUUGGUAUUUGGUAACCGAAGGACAAAUAUUUUCAGUUUAUAUUUUAACGUUUGUUGCUAUGGUCAUAGCAGUUUUAGUGAAUUUUUCACAAGGCAAGAAACCAGAUAUUAAUGGACGAUUUUUAUUUUACACAUUUAGUAUGUCUCUUGUACUAAUAGCAGUCUGGGUGAUGUUUCUCUGGGACGAUGAGGUCAUGAGAAAUAAAUACCCAGGCGUAAUAUAUAUUCCGGAACCGUGGUCAUUUUAUACGUAUUAUUAUAAAGACUAUAUAUUUUAA